AUGUACUGUCAGAAAUGCCGACAGCAUGUUGACCCGGACACUACAAUCGACGACCUGAACCCGGCUUCGUUUGAUCUGCUGGUUGCAUCUACGGGAAAAGCGCAACAGCAUAAUAAUAUCAUAUCCCGUUUGAAUUACCCGCAGGAACGAAAAGACCUCUAUGAUCGUGUCUCGACCCAAGCCACCUCUCCCGUAUAUAAGCGAACGAUUCCCGCACCUCAAGAUGAAUCUACCAUCAAUCUCCGUGCUGUGUCAGAUCACGGGCCUCGCGCUCCUCCUCCGGAUAUGUCCUUCAUUGAGAUAACACAAUCUCAGGCCGUGUUGCCAGAUAAAGAUGUUGUCAAUGGUCAGAGAAAGAGCCCAAAGGGGGGAAGAGAUGGCGACAGCGAGAAAGACAAGAAGAAAUACCGCUUUUCUACGGAUGUCGAGAAAGCACAAGUCCUAUACGAAGUCCUGUCAUCGCGCUCAGAUGUCGACCAUCCGAUAUGCGCCGAGUGUACAUCCCUACUGCUGGCUUCCUUCAGUGCCCGUCUAGGGAGCACCAACCGGGAAAGGGAUGCCUAUGCUUCCUUCCUCAAGUCGGUGCAGCAGACAGUCUCUUCCACGACGUCUAACAAUGACUCAAAGGCUGCAAAGGCUGCAAAGACAGCCGUGGAUGCUCGAGAGGCCGGACAGUCGACAUUCGAGCUCUUGAAGCGCACUGAGGACCAAUCACAAACUAUCGAGAAAGAGAUAGGGAAAUUUGAGGAGGAGAUGCAGCAGGCAGAACUCGAGGAACAAGCAUACUGGUCCGCUCGAAAUGCCAUCGAUGACCAGCUGCAUGAAACCACGGUCCGGCUACAGUCUUUGCAAGAAAAAUACACCCAUGACCGCCAACAACUGGAGCGAUUGCAACGCACCAACGUCUACAACGACACAUUUUGCAUCAGCCAUGACGGCUCUUUCGGAACGAUUAAUGGUCUUCGAUUGGGUCGUCUGCCAAAUCAAAACGUGGACUGGACUGAAAUCAACGCUGCAUGGGGUCAGGCUAUACUUCUUCUGGCUACCGUUGCAGAGAGGCUGAAGUACUCAUUUCAGGGUUAUCGCCUCCGACCUCAAGGCAGCACUUCGCGCAUCGAGAAACUGGAGUAUCCUCAGCAGUCUCCAAGCGUGGUCAGACAAAGUACAGCCGGUCAAGAUCGUGGUUUACAGUCGGCGGCCGCCAACCCUGAACCCAAGGUCACUGUGCUGGACCUGUUUAGCAGCGGUGACAUGGCUAUUGGACGCAUUCUCAACCAUCGACGAUUUGACAAUGGAAUGGUCGCGUUCCUGGACUGCAUCAAUCAACUUGCAAGGUAUAUCCAGCGAACCUCAAAAGUCGACCUCAAACGUACGCCCAGCAAGAAUGCCACCCCCCGAAACGCCGCGUCGAAAAGCAUCUUACCCUAUGAGAUUGAUGAUGACAAGAUCGGGAAUGUUUCCAUCAAACUAGGGGUUGGCUUCCAUCAGGACGAAAACUUCACAAAAGCGUGUAAAUACGCCUUGACAUGCUGCAAAUAUCUCCUCGCUUAUGUCAGCAACGUGGAGGUUCAAGGACUGGCCAAAUGA